GUAAAUGGCUGUUAUUCAUCCCAGAAGCCAAUUCUGCAGAUAAGCUACUAUUUAUAAGUAGGUAGUGGCAGUGCUCAUCUUAUUCAGUUGUGGGAAUUAAAUAGAAAUGGCUCUGGCUGUAGCUUCAACUGCACUGUCUUCAAAUCUUCCAAUAAGAGAAAUUCCAGGGAAAUUAUUAUAUCCAAGCCAAAUGAAGAAAUGUAAUAUGAUUGGAAAUAGUAGUAAAGUGAAUGCAGCUAAGGGAGGAGUUUCAAGUGUUUGUGAACCACUUCCUCCAGAUAGGCCUUUGUGGUUCCCUGGUAGCACACCUCCUCAAUGGUUGGAUGGCAGUCUUCCUGGUGAUUUUGGCUUCGACCCACUUGGAUUAGGUUCAGACCCAGAGACACUAAAAUGGUUUGCACAAGCAGAGCUAAUGCACAGCAGAUGGGCAAUGCUAGCAGUAGCAGGCAUCCUAAUCCCUGAAUGGCUCGAAUCCAUCGGCCUAAUCGAAAAUUUCGAUUGGUACGAUGCUGGAUCCCGCGAGUACUUUGCAGACCCAACCACCCUAUUUGUGGUGCAACUAGCCUUAAUGGGAUGGAUUGAAGGUAGGAGAUGGGCAGACUACGUGAACCCUGGUUGCGUAGACAUCGAACCUAAGCUUCCACACAAGAAGAAUCCUAAGCCUGAUGUGGGUUACCCAGGUGGGCUAUGGUUUGAUCCCAUGAUGUGGGGAAGAGGGUCUCCUGAACCUGUCAUGGUUCUAAGGACUAAAGAGAUUAAGAAUGGAAGGCUUGCUAUGUUAGCCUUUGUUGGCUUAUGUUUUCAAGCUUUGUAUACUGGUGAAGGCCCUCUUGAGAACCUUACCAAGCACAUUGCUGAUCCUGGUCAUUACAAUAUUUUUUCGGCUUUCUCAUCACAUUGAUCUAUGCUAUUGGCUGUGGGGAAAGGGAGAGACCAGAGUUUAGUAUAUAUAUAUAUGCAUGAAAAACUAUUUGUACAAACUAACGAAAAAGCAGAGUAAUUCUUAUUGAUACUAGUUCGAUAGUCACAUUGAUGCCUUUAUUAUAUAUCAGCUAAUGAAGCUGCAAUUUCAUA